GUGUCGAAGCACAUGAUAAAAGAGAUCGUAUUCGUAAAGAAAUAUAUGUCAAAUUAUUGUUGGCAUAUGUUGUUGCCGUUAAGCAUCAUGUUCGAUUAGAAUUCGGCACUCAGUGGGAUGACUUGGAUGAUCUUCUUCCUGAAGGAUUCCAGAAGACAUAUUAUGAGGGUAGCGCCGCACUGACUGAACCUACCAUCGAAGAAGCUGAUCAGGAUCAGGAAGAAAAAUCUCAUGCAAUUAAUAUUCCACAAGUGACAUCGACGAGUCGACCAUUUUGCAGUAGAGUUCCACCUACUACUUAUUUCCGACUUCGACAAAGUUUGAAAAAUCUGUCUGAAGAAGAUAAGAAAAGGUUAUAUGGUGAAGGCAAUUACACCGAUUAUGAUGAUGUAGAUGCGAGCAUGAGUCUUCCUUUGGAAAUUAUAUUUCAUUUGAAUAUGUAUCUUGAAAAACAAAGUCGUGAUGGCAAAUUGGAUGCGGGUAAAUUUGGAUCAGUUGUCUCAAAUUUAAAUUCCUUAAUCGAUAAUUUGGGUAAUCUGGAAAGAAUUAGAAAUACGCCCAUUCCAACUGCUUAUAAUGUCCAUCU